UUUUUUUUUUUUUUUAAGAGGGCCGUGGGACUGCCGCGGGGAGUGUCGCACGUGGAUCGUCGUUGGGUCAGCGAGAUGGAGACAGUCCCCAAGCCGGGUAGCGGUGUCCCACCCAAGAAAGACAGCCCUGAGGCCAGGAGGAAGAAACCGCGGCGGUACUGGGAGGAGGGCGCCAGCCCGGCCGCUGCGGACGCCGCCCCGGGGCCGCCUCGGAAGAGGGCGAGGAGUUCUGGGGAGCCGCGGCGACCCCAGAGGUCAAGGCGCGUGCACGGCGCCCAGAAGUCUCGGGUCUGCAGGAAGCCCCAGACCGCGAAGGACGCCUGGGAGCGGAAGACGCCGCCGCGGACGCUGUCUGGGGCCCAGGACCCCUUCCCGGGACCCGCCCCCGCCCCCGCGGAGGGGGCGCGCAAGUUCCGUCGUAUUGACAAGUCCUGCAAGCUCCCGCCUUCGAAGCCCAAAACCCGGAGCAAGCUUGAGACGGCCGAAGCGCAGGAGGAGGAGGCGAGCGUCAGGGCUGCCCGCGCCGAGCUGCUGCUUGCGGAGGAGCCUGGGUUUCUGGAAGGAGAUGGGGAGGACACGGCAAAAAUACUGCAGGCGGACAUCGUGGAGGCUGUGGACAUCGCCAGCGCCGCCAAGCACUUUGACCUGAACCUGAGGCAGUUUGGACCCUACAGACUGAACUACUCUCGUACAGGGAGACACCUGGCAUUAGGAGGUCGUCGGGGUCAUGUGGCUGCCCUCGACUGGGUGACAAAGAAGCUCAUGUGUGAGAUCAACGUCAUGGAAGCCGUGCGGGACAUCCACUUCCUCCAUUCUGAGGCUCUGUUCGCCGUCGCCCAGAACCGGUGGCUUUACAUCUAUGACAGCCAGGGUAUCGAGCUCCAUUGCAUCCGCCGCUGCGACCGAGUAACUCGGCUGGAAUUCCUUCCCUUCCACUUCCUCCUGGCCACCGCUUCAGAGACAGGGUUUCUGACCUACCUGGAUGUGUCAGUGGGGAAGAUUGUGAGCGCUCUGAACGCACGGGCUGGACGGCUCAGUGUCAUGGCCCAGAACCCCUACAAUGCUGUUAUCCAUCUCGGACACAGUAACGGCACUGUGUCUUUAUGGAGUCCAGCUGUGAAGGAGCCACUGGCAAAGAUUCUGUGUCACCGUGGUGGGGUGCGGGCUGUGGCAGUGGAUCCCACGGGCAUGUACAUGGCCACUUCUGGCCUUGACCACCAGCUGAAGAUCUUUGAUUUGCGAGGGACAUUCCGGCCCCUGAGUGCCCGGACCCUGCCUCAGGGAGCAGGACAUCUGGCCUUUUCCCAGCGGGGACUAUUAGUUGCAGGAAUGGGUGAUGUGGUCAAUAUAUGGGCAGGGCAGGGCAAGGCCAGCCCACCCUCCCUGGAGCAGCCCUACCUCACCCACCGACUCUCAGGCCAUGUGCAUGGACUCCAGUUCUGCCCCUUUGAAGACGUGUUGGGGGUGGGGCACAGUGGAGGCAUCACCAGCAUGCUGGUCCCUGGGUCUGCCGAGCCCAACUUUGAUGGUCUGGAGAAUAACCCAUACAGGAGCCGGAAGCAGCGUCAGGAGUGGGAGGUGAAGGCUCUGCUGGAAAAGGUACCUGCAGAACUCAUUUGUUUGGACCCCCGAGCCCUGGCAGUGGUAGAUGUGGUCACUCUGGAGCAGCAGAAGAAGGAGCGGAUAGAGAGACUGGGAUAUGACCCUGAUGCCAAGGCUGCCUUCCAACCCAAGGCAAAGCAGAAGGGCCGAGGCUCCACAGCGAGCCUGGUGAAGAGGAAGAAGAAGGUCAUGGAUCAGGAGCACAGGGACAAAGUCCGGCAGAGCCUUGAGCAACAGCAGCAGCAGCAGCAGCAGAAGCAGCAAGAGACGACCAAGCCUCCUGGAGCCCGUCCAUCUGCACUGGAUAGAUUUGUACGAUGAGCCAGAAACAGCAUUCCCGAGAUGACCCAUAGGGGCCAGAUGGCUCAGUGGGCAGAGGCGCUUGAUGCCAGACCUGAGGCCAAUUCCCAGAAGACGUGGUAGAAGGAAAGAACCAUUCACACAAGCUGUCCUUUAACUUUCUGUGUACAUAUGGGCCAGUGUGCAUUCAGGGUGACGCGCAGUGUACACACACACACACACACACACACACAUACACACACACACACACACACACACACUGUAAAUAAAAAGAUCUGUAGGGAACUCA